UCCUCCUCCUCCUCCUCUUUCGUCUCCUCCUCCUCCUUCUUCGUCUUUGUUUCUCUCUCUGUUUCUCUCUCUCUCUCUGCAGACGAUUGGAGGCCUCGCCCUUCGCUCCUCGACCGCAAAUCCGCCGCCGUUUCCUCCAUUGACGCCGCAUUUCGCACUUCCCUUCUGGUCGGAAGCUUGGGGGGAGAGAACCGAUCGGGGCGGGGGUUUUGAGGCGAUCUCAUGAAUGUUGGGGCCGUACGGCUUGAUUGCGACCUGCGAGUGACGAAUCGCUUGGCCCUGCUGCUGUUGACCUUCUGCCUGCUGUCGAUUCUGGAGACCGCGGCGUUGGAUUCGGGGGAUUCGAGCGGGGGCGGCGGGGAGAUGGGGUACCUCAACUCGAUCAUAUCGACUUCGGGCCAGCUUCAUGCCGAUGAAGCCCCGGUCAGCGGCGGGGGGCUCAGUCAAAAUGGGAAAUUCAGCUAUGGUUAUGCAAGCUCUCCUGGGAAAAGGGCUUCAAUGGAAGAUUUCUAUGAGACAAGAAUAGAUGGUGUAGAUGGGGAGAUAGUUGGUCUUUUUGGAGUUUUUGAUGGUCAUGGGGGUGCACGAGCUGCUGAAUAUGUGAAACAAAACCUUUUCAGUAAUUUAAUCAGGCAUCCAAAAUUCAUCUCUGAUACCAAAUCUGCUAUAGCUGAUGCAUACAGCCAUACAGACUCUGAGUUCUUGAAAUCAGAAAAUAAUCAGAAUAGAGAUGCUGGGUCAACUGCUUCCACUGCCAUCCUUGUUGGUGACCGGUUGCUUGUUGCCAAUGUUGGAGAUUCUAGAGCCGUGAUAUGCAGGGGCGGUAAAGCUAUUGCUGUUUCUCGAGACCAUAAGCCAGAUCAAACAGAUGAGCGUCAACGCAUUGAAGAAGCUGGAGGAUUCGUUAUGUGGGCUGGUACUUGGAGAGUUGGAGGUGUUCUUGCUGUGUCACGUGCUUUUGGGGAUAGGCUUUUGAAGCAGUAUGUGGUGGCUGAUCCUGAAAUUCAGGAGGAGAAGAUUGACAGCUCACUCGAGUUUCUCAUUCUUGCUAGUGAUGGGCUGUGGGAUGUUGUCACAAAUGAGGAGGCUGUUGCAAUGAUCAAGCCAAUCGAAGAUGCAGAGGCAGCAGCAAAAAGGCUUAUGCAGGAAGCGUACCAGAGAGGGAGUGCGGAUAACAUUACAUGUGUCGUCGUCCGUUUCUUGGCCAAUCAGGGGUGUUCUUCUCAAAGCAGUUCUAUGUAAUCUCGCAUUCCCAUGCCGCUACUCGCCCUGCAGAAUUUCUACCACUUUUGGUAAUACUCUGAUGCUGAAUAAAAAGCACUGGUCAAUUAACUUGACAUAGGAUCUCUUCGGUAGCGUAAUACUAAGGUAAAGAUAGCCCUAAGAUGAAAAACCUUACCAGACUGCUAAUGUGCAUAUCAGCAGCUUCUAGAAUAGAACCAUGUGUGGAUUUAGUAUGUGUACUUCGAGUCUUUUAAUCUAGAUAGAAAAUAUUCUUGAGUUGGAGCUGUUAUGUCUGUAACUUGUAAAUGUGUUCCAAGUUCAGUCCCUCAAUAUAUGCUCUUUGUUCUUUCCCCCA